CCCCGCCAGACUGCUUCACAACUUGAUCAGCCCCCAUCUCUGGUCUCCCACCCCUCCCGGGGUCACAGACGUUAGCCCUCCUCUCACACACAGACACACACACACAGACUGUCAUCUGGCAUUUGAUAAUGAGGCUUUGUGUUUUUCACUGUCAGAGUUUAGGGGAUGAAACGACCCCACUUUGGGGAUUCGCUUUCCUAAGGUGAUUUCCUUGCUUAGGACAGCACAACGAGGUGAACCAGUGUCCAACCAGGGCUUCUGAUGAGGGCUUGGGGGUCUUAUAUUACAGCUCCAUGGCUGCGAAGACAGGACCUGGGUGGGUCUGAUUCCAAAGCCCUGACAGGGACUCCCCUGGCGGUCCGGUGGUUAAGACUCCACGCUUCCACCACAAGGGGCGCGGGAUUGAUCCUUGGUUGGGAAACUAAGAUCCCACGUGCCUCUUGGCGUGACCAAAAAAAAAAAAAGCCCUGACGGUGGGGACUGAAGCCAGCCCACACUGGCAGCUAGUGAGAACUGAUGCCUCGUGCAUCUCUUCCCAGUUUUGCACCCAGCGGCAUCAUAUUUAUGGCUUAAAAUUGGCCACCAUGGAGUGUUUACACCACGGAAAUCGGCAGAUGCUGCAAACCAGUUCCCCACGCCAGAGCCAGUUGUGAAGCCCGUACCAGCACACCACUCCCUGUUUUCCCCCAACUCAGCAUCCUGCAGACAGUGCCCUGGACAUGGGCCAUUCAGAGACUCUGGGUUAAAAUGUCAUCCAGGGAAUUCCCCAGCGGUCCAGUGGUUAGGACUUGGCGCUUUCAUUGCUGAGGGCCUGUGUUCAAUCCCUGGUGGGGGGACUAAGAUCCCGAAAGCUGCUCGGCACAGCCUAAAAAUAAAAACAAAAAAUAAAAAGUAAAGAAGUCACCCAGCUUAAGUAGUUGUGAAAAGAAAUUGGGGGGCUGGGGCCUCUCUGCUUCAUUUCAAUUCAUUCUUUCAGACGGUUUCCUGAACUGCCAUUGCUCUUAAUCCACCACAAUUUUUGCCAUGUACGUGCACCAUCCGUUGCUAUUAUUUACUUAACAUUAUUGUUAACCUGACUCCGUUCUAAAACAUGGGUUACCAAACUCUGAUCCACAGGCCAAAGGUGGCCUGUGGCCUGUUUCUGAAGAUAAAGUUUUAUUGGCACACCUACACACCCAUUUGUGUGCAUAUCACCCACGGCUGCCUUUGCUCUCCAGUGGCAGAGGUGAGUGAUUAAAACAGCAAUUCUGUGACCUGCAAAGCCAAAAUAUUUACUCAUAUAUCAAAAUAAGAUGUAAACAAAUGAUACUAGAGGUGGCGCUAAUGUUGCAAUUAAAGCAGGGUAGGGUAGUUCUGAUGGGAGUACCUUAGGAGGUGUGCGUACUGCUUGUGGCUCUCUGUAUUAGUUACCUAGUGCUGUGUAACAAGUGAUCCCCAAAUCUAGCAGCUUAAAACAACAGGAAUCUGGAUGUGAUUUCACUCGUUCUCGGCUUCAGGGUCUGUUACAGCUGCAGUUGAGAUGUUGGCUGCGGCUGGGGUCUCACUGGAAGGCCCGACUGGGGUAGGAUCCGCGUCAAGCUCACCCACGUGGUUGUUGGCAGAAUUCACUUACUCAUGGACCCUUAGCCAGAGGCCACACUCAGUUCCUUGCCUGCACGGACUGGCUUCAUGAGAGUCUGCUAGAAAUGACGGCCCAUCACUGUUGCAGUGUUCCGCGGUUAGAAGCAAGCCACAGAUCCCUCCCACGUUCCAGGGGAGGGGCUCACCUUGGUGUGACAACCAGGAGGUUGGGGUCAUAGGAGCCACCUGAGGGUCUACCUGCAGACCCCCCUGCACAGUGAGCUUUGCAAGGGUCCGUGUGUUGAUGAGUGUGUCCCCAGCACCUAACACCAGCUAGGCACUUAGUAGGUGCUCAAUUAAUGUAUGUAGCCUGAGUGGGUAUCUCCCCAUUCACGGAUGAGGAAGUUGAGGCCCAGGGAGCCCCACGCUUCUGCCCACUGUCUGCCACCCUCCCCUUUCCUCCACACUACACUGGAAUUGUUUCUUUAAUUCUUAUUUCCCCCGCAGGCUUUUACGCUUUGCUCUCCCACCCGUGUCUUGGGAACAGUUUGUCUCCUGGUCCCCAAUUUUCUUGCAGGGGUUCCCAGGGCCGAGCAGGCAGAGGGACAGCGCAGCAACACUUUGGGCAGGGGGUCUGUUGUUGUGUGCUGACCCUCCAGGGCCUCAGCCUGCAUGCCCCCUCGCUCCCUGCCCUGAGCCCGCCACCCCGAGAUCCACACCCCCUUUUUGCUCUCUGGAGCCUGCCCUUCCCUGCUCGCUGCCGACAGUCCCCGUCCCCCACGAGUUCCAUGUCUGUCAUCUGGUCCUUGGGAGCUGUCAGGCCUCAUCCGGAAUCUCCUACAUCAACUCCCCUGGGGGCUGCCUGGCUGCUGGAGCACAUCAGAGGGACUGGGGGGGGGUGGUCUCCCCUAUUCCGGAACCCCCUCCCUCCUGAGCCUGGGCUUCACAAAGGAGACAAGGGGCCGCUCCUGCUUCCCAAGCUCUUGCUGAGGGCCAAGCGCUGCCCCAAGCUCCCUCCAUGCCAGGGCUCUGCCACCCAUGCCGUCGGGCACAUGCUCCCUUACCCACCGCCCCAUUUUACAGAUGGCAGGAGGCUCCUUGGCCAAGGACUCAGAGUGGGUGAGUGAGGGGCUGGACCUGGCUUUGAAACUGUGAGGCUCCAAGGCUACACCUUCGAUCACCACACCCUAUAGACUGGGAGCUUCCAGGGAAUGGUCUGUGCUUCCCCCAUCAGGUUGGGGCCCUGGAAGGCCAGUGUUAGACUGGGAGCCCUUGAAAGCAAGCACGUAUUUCCUGUGUCAGACUGGGUACUUCGAAGGUCAGUCUUAUGCCUCCUCCAUCAGACUGGAAGCUCCUAAGGUCAGAGCCGCGCCUCUCCCUUCAGACUGGGAGCCUAUUAACGCUUGCACACAUCUCCUCCAUCAGACUGGAAGCUCCUAAGGUCAGAGCCGUGCCUCUCCCUUCAGACUGGGAGCCUAUUAACGCUUGCACACAUCUCCUCCGUCAGACUGGGGGCUUCUGAGGGCAGGACUAUGUCUCUCCCAUCAGACUGCGAGCUGAAGGCAGGGCUGUGUCCAGGAGCUUCUGAGAGCAGAGGUCGUCUCUCCUAUCAGAUUAGGAGCUCCUAAAUCAGGGCCAUGUCUCCUCCAUCAGAUCAGGAAGUUAUAGGUCCCACCAUGGGUCAUCCCCACUUGGUCCCCUCCUGUCCUGGUGCCUUGGCUCCCAUCCCCCCUGCAGACAUGGGGAUCCGUGAGAUGAGAGCAGGCGCAGCCCCCUGCCAGGGACCCCCUCUGGCUUCUUCCUGAGGUCCCAUCCACCCUAAGCAUCUGUUGAGCACUUACUGUAUGCCAUACAAGAAAAUACUAUUCAGGGGCUUCCCUGGUGGUGCAGUGGUUAAGAAUCUGCCUGCCAAUGCAGGGGACACGGGUUUGAGCCCUGGUCCGGGAAGAUCCCUCAUGCCGCGGAGUAACUAAGCCCGUGCGCCACAAGUACUGAGCCUGCGCGCUAGAACCUGUGAGCCACAACUACUGAGCCCAAGUGCCGCAACUACUGAAGCCCAUGCGCCUAGAGCCUGUGCUGCACAACAAGAGAAGCCACCGCAAUGAGAAGCCUGCACACCACAACGAAGAGUAGCCCCCGCUCGCCGCAACUAGAGAAAGCCUGUGCACAGCAACGAAGACACAAUGCAGCCAAAAAUAAAUAAGUAAAAAAGAAAUACAUUUAUUUAAAAAAAAUUUUUUUUAAGGCACCCAAAACAGUGCCAGGCAGUAAGCGCUCAACAAAGGUUAGCUGUUCCAUUUCAUAGAUGGGAAAACAGGCCAGGUCACUUACUCAAGUUCAGGUGGGCUGGGAUUCCAGAAAUCCAGCGCUACCCAGGAGGAGACCUUGAUGGAGGAGACCCUGAUAGACCAUCUUUCAGACCCUGAAUGCUGGGGAAAAAGAGGUCUCAUCAGCCCAGGACCUCCAGACCACUCACCUCCUUGCCUUUGUCCAUGCAGUGCCUGCCUCCUGGCUUUGCUCUCUUGCUCCCUCCUCCCCCAAUCAGAAAGGCAAAACCCAAGAGGUUACUGGCUAUUCAAGGUCAUACCACUGCAGGGCCGCCAGACCUCCAGCCUGGCUCUAACCCUCGUCCACCAUCUCCCGCCCCUCCUCAAGCCCCCUCCCUGCUCCUGCAGUGGGAGUGGGGGCAGCCCCAGGAGAACCCAGCUCAAAAGCGCAGGAAAGUCAAACGCCGUUUGAUUCUGCCUCCAGGGCCUCUAAUUGCUAUUCCUGACACAGACCGGAAUUAGAAGGCCCCUUUCAAAUAUUUAUACCUUAGACAUCGCGUAUUUAUCUGACAGGGAGAGGACUCGGAUUUGAUGAGAUCUGUCAACAGCUCAUCCCCGAGCCGGGUAUUGCCUUGCGGCUGACAGAAAACAGGACAAUUACUUGCUGUGCUCCCUGGGCAGUCCCCAGGGAUGCUGCCUUGUCGCUGAUCAGAGAGGACUGGGUGGGGUGGGGGUUUGUGUGAGUGCUCGUCGGGAGGGAGGACCGAGUUCAACAGGUUCGUGUGGAGGCCAACUCAGCCAAAGCAGGAAAGAGGAGGGGAGGACAUACGGACACCCCUGCUGCCGUGAGGGGCCUUGCCUCAUCGGCUCUGGACCUCAGUUUUCCCAUCUGGAAAAUGGGGCUAACAGUGGAGGGGAGAUGGAGAACCUCUGAUUCCACGAAGAGACCUGAUGGGGGUCGAAUGCCAUCCCAAGCCAGGCCAUAUCACAGCAUCCAGGCAGAAAUGAGCUGUGGGGUGUGUCUCCCCUCUCUGUGCCUCAGUUUCCCCAUCAGGAAAAAAAUGUCAUAUCCUCCUGAUGAUCCUUCCUCCAGCUCUCUGAGUUUUUCCUAUUAGAAACCCCAUUUUUCAAAUCAGGAAAGCAAAGCGUGGCCUGCAUAGACAUUGCCCAGGCCCCACUAUUCUUUGCGGGGGGCGGAGUGGGGGAGAGCUCACAACAGUGUCAGCUCAGACUUGCGUCUGGUCUUGCCUCCCCUCCAAGCCACACCCACCCUAGGGGGCUUGGAGGAGGGAAUCUGAGGUUCCAUCCUUCCUGACUACCCCUCUCUUACUCUUUCUAUUAGGGGUCACUGAGCAAGCCCCCUUAUGGGGAAAGAAAAAAAAUGUGUUUGCUUUGGAACUGGCCAGCAGCUCCCUUUGCCUAUCUUACUCCCCCCAAAUCCGUUAGUGUCCUCGCCCCCUGACAGCUGCAGCUGCCAACAGGCAGCCAGGCCAGGCGAGACACCUCUCAUUUCUGUCCCCCUCCCGGCCUCCACCCCCAGAAACCACAAAGGGACAGAUGCCGAAGGCACACUCCAGGCACAGAUACCAUCUCCUUUCCCCUGGCCAGCUGCCCCAAACCCCAUCCCCCAUCCUGCAAUUAGUCCCCGGGGGAGAGGGGACGGAGAAGAGCCCUCUUGGGGGAGGGGAAGCCAGAACCCCGUCCCUUCCGUUGCAAACCCCCCUUCCCUUGGCUGCCUCAAUAUUCAUUUUAGCCGGUGACCUCUGGAACAAUUUCCACAACCCCAAUCUCCUGGUCAGUUUCGCCGCCAGACCCUGGUUCAAUUUCAACCCUCAAUAGUGGUCACGCUCACCCCCUCUGCUGGUCAAUUUCAUCCCUGCUCGCGGUCAAGUCCAGCCCUCCAUUUCCCGGCCAAUUUCCACCUCCCCUCCCUCUCCCCCUUCCCCAUCUCAACACCUCUCGCUCUCCGGAGCAAGGUCAGCCCCUGUGGGUUUCCACCUCCCGUGCUCCUCGCUCGCUCCUGCCAGCCUCGGUCCUCCGGGUCACUGUCCAGCCGCCGCGGCCUCGGCCCCCGCGACUCCCGUCCCGCAUCCCCCCUCCCUCCCCGGGCAGAUGCUCCCCUCCCUCCCCAGAACAGCUGAAGGUCUCAGUCACCUCCGAGGGGAGCGCAGGGGGAGGGGAGGGGAGGGGGCGGGGAAGCCUUGACGUCGCUGCCCGGGACCCGGCCCGGUACUGGUAGGGGCUGGGGCGUCCGUCUGAGAGCCCCCUCCCCAAAGUCCCACCUCCCGGGCGCGCGCCGGCGGCUGCGGGUAAAGUCUCUCCGAAAGCGUGAAGGGGGAUUGGAGAUUUUAUUUUCCUUUGUGCCCGCGACUGGGGCCGGAUCGAGGCGGCCGGGCCGGGGGCCGCGGGAUUGGGGCUCCCCCCGGAGCGGCGAGGAGCGCAACAAAGGAUGCGCCGCACCGGGGUCACCGUCCCCGCGGCCCAACUUUGCGCGCGGCGCCCGAGUCCCCGGGGAGCCUGCCCGCUGCGCUGAGAACCCAGGCGUCCGGGCUGAGCCAGGGCUUGGGGGCGUCCGCAGGCGGCGCUUUCCCCGCCCCCGGCCCCCAGGAAGGGAUCCCGGAGCUUCCCGGAGGCAACGGGUGGCCGAGCCGUGCAAGGAGAGCGCGCUGCCCGCAGAAACUCCGCGGAUGCCCCUCGCUCUGGCUGGACGACCCCGCGCUCCGCGUUCAGGGCCCUACGGGGCGCCCCCUUCCCCCGCCGUCCUUCCAGAGCCGGGCUAAGGUGCGCUUUUGCUUCUCCUCCCCCUUCCUCCCUCCUCUGUCUCCUCCUUUUCCCCCCCUUUUCCCCCUCCUCUGAGCCCAGCCAAGGGUCACACCUGAUCUUUCUCCUCCUCCCUUCCUCCCUUCCUUCUCCCCCUGCUCCUCCCUGGGGACUCCGCCGAGGAAGAGGGUCCAGAAGAGGGCAUGUGGGUCCUCUUCUGACAGUGGCCAGGUUUGGGGUGACACUCGCUCAAAUGGCCAAGUGGCUACGAGACUACCUGAGCUUUGGCGGUCGGAGGCCCCCUCCGCAGCCGCCCACCCCCGACUACACGGACAGCGACAUCCUGCGGGCCUACCGGGAACAGAAGGAUCUGGACUUUGAGGACCCCUAUGAGGAUGCAGAUGGCCGCCUAGAGACCGACUCCGCGGGGCCCGGGGACUCCAAGGGCCCUGGAGAAACCAAGUACGACUCUCCAAAGCACCGGCUCAUCAAGGUGGAGGCAGUUGACAUGGCCAGAGCCAAGGUCUUGCUGGGCAGCCCCCGGGAAGAGUUGGAGGUCGACACCGAGUACUCGGACCCUUUUGAUGCCCAACCUCACCCGUCACCCCUGGAUGACGGCUACAUGGAGCCCUACGAUGCCCAGCGAGUCAUGAGCGAACUGCCAUACAGGAGGGUGCAGCUGUAUGACACUCCCUAUGAGGAGCAGGACCAAGAUCUGGGAGAUGGGCCUCCUUCAGGGUGGAAACCUCGGCAGAGCCGGCUGCCCCAGGAGGAUGAACGGCCAGCAGACGAGUAUGACCAGCCCUGGGAGUGGAAGAAAGACCACAUCUCCAAGGCAUUUGCAGUGCAAUUUGACGGUCCAGAGUGGGAAAGAACCUCAGGCUCAGCCAAGGAACUCCGGAGACUCCCGCCCCGAAGCCCCCAGCCUGCAGAGCGCGUGGACCCGGCCCUGCCUCUGGAAAAACAGCCGUGGUUUCACGGCCCGCUGAGCCGGGCAGAUGCCGAGAACCUCCUGUCGCUCUGCAAGGAAGGCAGCUACCUCGUGCGGCUCAGCGAGACCAGCCCCCAAGACUGCUCCCUAUCCCUCAGGAGCAGCCAGGGCUUCCUGCAUCUGAAGUUUGCUCGGAUCCGAGAGAACCAGUUCGUGCUGGGUCAGCACAGCGGCCCCUUCCCCAGCGUGCCGGAGCUGGUGCUCCAUUAUAGCUCCCGCCCACUGCCCGUGCAGGGCGCUGAGCAUCUGGCCCUGCUGUACCCCGUGGUCUCACAGACCCCCUGACUGAGCCUCAGCCCCCCGCCCUGGGCUGUGAGGACCCAGAUCAGUGGCUGCAAACGGUGGAGGUCUUCCCAGUCCUGGAGAAGGCUGGAUGGAGAGAACCCCGCCCCUGCCCCUCCAGGCUCUGGGUCUUCAUCAGAGCCGCCCUGCUCAGCCUCCUUCUAGGUUCUAGGGAUUAGAAUUGUGUCUCGAAGCCCUCCUCUGGCCUGGAAAAUAAAUAAGUUAUUGUGUGUUUCAAGUGUCCUUUCUGGGAGGUGGGGAUCUCAGCCCCUCAGAAGGAAAAGGGGAGGCAGACCCUUGGAGGGGGAAGAGCAUCCCCAGCUCCUUGUUUUGGGGAUGGAGCUGGGGUUGGAGCCUGAAUGGCUCACAGGGAGGGACCAGAAUUCAGAGAGCUGGAGACAGGCAGGGAGAGAGAGGCAUGGAGGCAGAU